AUGAGCCACAGUAAUAUAUUUUUGAAAUCGGGGUUUAUUAAUGUGCCCCUAAAAAACGGCAUCGGAAGAUAUGUCGGUCAGCUUCAAAGGGUAGUGCUGAAAUUUUGCAAAAACAAUGGCUCCAGUGCAGGAAUGAGAGAGUUUAUAGAAACCGAACUGGUAAAUUUUGCCAAGAGUAAUCCGGGCGUGGUUGUUUACGUUAAACCCCGAAGACACAAAACUGCCGUCAUAAAGGCUGAAUAUCUUAACGGGGACUCCCAGUGGUUGAAUUGCAGAAAUUUCACAAAAGAGGAAAUUCAAAAGUGGCUGGAGCUAUUAAAGAGGCAACAAAUCAAUCACGAUGGACAGAGAAUAAGAAAAUUGUGGCAUACUGACCAUCCGUCCAUACAAGGACCUUGGACGCCUUUUACGUUCAGGGAUCCACAGUUAAAUUUAGCCACGUUCCCUGACGAACGUUUAUCCAAAUCUGAUGUUAUCGCUUCGACCAGCCAAGACGAAUUAGUAGAAAUGUUUAAAAAACAGAAAUUAAAGGAACUGCAAUCUGCAAAUUAA